ACUGACAGCACUUGUCAGGCGACUUAACCCACAGACUUAACCUAACAGUGCAUUGGUUUAAUUCGACUUAUUUAAUUAAUUAAAAUUAAAUAAUGAAGCUGUGUCAAGUUCUUUUUCGACGAAACCGUCUACCAAAUGGUCAUCUAUUUAGAGGCAAAGACCGACUUGUAAAGCCGGUGCAAUCGAAAGACCUGAGAAAGCUCAGAAGUGACUUUGCUGUUGAAGAGCAAAACAUGUUUUAUUUACGUUUUCCAUACCUUACGGAGGCCGAGUCUUCCGGACACUCAAAAGCACUUGGUAAACCUGAAAAAAGGAUGCAAGCUUUUGUCGAAGAAUCUAGACGGAUUUUCAAACAAGACGUCACACUUUACGAAAGGCUAGGACACCUAAGAGUUACAGAAGGAUGGGAGUGAACAUUUUGCGGUAUUGACAAAAUUAUUAAUGAUAGUGUAAAUUAUUAGUGAAUAAUAAAGUUAUUUGUAAAGUAUUUA